GGUGGUAACUUCAUCUCUGUGCUGUAACAACCACAUUUCCCCUUGAGGAUUAUUAAAACAAUAAAGCUUCCACACUUGAGUGUCCUCCAUCCUCUCCUCAGACUGGUUCCCAGCUCCCCCCCUCAGCUGGUCCCAGUCCACGUCAGAGCGUCACAGGCUGUGGAGGCGGGUCCGCGCCUGAAGGGGGCCGUCUUAAACCCGGCACAACCAUUCAAAACCAGCAGAGGGAAAGCGAUCCUCCUGUUGUCCAUCACUUCACCCACACCACCAGCCACUCAACACCCGCCGGUGGCCCGACACAGCGCGACCAAACCCGGAGAGAGAAAACCCCACCAAGAUGGCCCCGAUCUCCAUCCGAGCGGUGCUGAUCAGCGAGAGCGUGGACCCGCGCUGCAGGGCGAUCCUGGAGGAAAACGGCAUCCGAGUCACCGAGAAGCCCGGCAUGAAGAAGGAUGAGCUGAUCGCAGAGAUUAAGGACUACGAUGGCCUUGUGGUUAGAUCAGCCACCAAAGUAACAGCUGAUGUGAUCAACGCUGCUAAUAAUCUCAAAAUCAUUGGAAGAGCCGGGACCGGCGUGGACAACGUGGACGUUGAUGCUGCCACGAAAAAGGGCAUCAUUGUCAUGAACACUCCAAGUGGUAACACGAUCAGCGCCGCAGAGCUGACAUGUGCCCUGCUGAUGAGCCUUUCAAGAAAUGUGCCUCAAGCGACAAUGUCAAUGAAGCAGGGGAACUGGGAUCGCAAAAAGUUCAUGGGUGCAGAGCUGUUUGGCAAAGUGCUCGGAAUAGUUGGACUUGGAAGAAUAGGGAAAGAAGUCGCGUCAAGAAUGCAGUCAUUUGGCAUGAAGACUAUCGGCUACGAUCCCAUCACUCCACCAGAGGUGUCGGCCAGCUGGGGGGUGGAGCAGAUGUCUCUGGAGCAGCUUUGGCCUCAGUGUGACUACAUCACUGUCCACACGCCCCUCAUGCCCUCUACUGUUGGUCUGCUUAAUGAUGAAACGUUUGCCAAGUGCAAGAAAGGAGUGAAGGUUGUGAACUGUGCGAGAGGAGGCAUCAUCGACGAGGACGCUCUCCUCAGAGCUUUGGAGUCUGGACAGUGUGGAGGAGCAGGGCUUGAUGUCUUUGUUGAGGAACCACCUAAGAACCGCUCACUGGUGGAUCAUCCCAACGUCAUCAGCUGUCCUCACCUGGGCGCCAGCACCAAGGAGGCUCAGGCUCGCUGUGGGCAGGACAUCGCUCUGCAGAUCGUGGACAUGGUGAAGGGCAACAAGCUGGUCGGAGCAGUAAAUGCCCAGGUGUUGGCCAGCACGUUCUCCCAGGAAUCUCAACAGCUGAUCAAGCUCGGAGAAGCAGUUGGAGCCGUGCUGCAGUCGUGCAGCGCUUCUAAGAAACCUUUCAGUUGUGUUCAGAUCACUACGAAAGGGGACUGCAUGAAGUCCUGCGCUGGUUACAUGACUUCAGCUGUUCUGGUUGGUUUGCUCAAUCAGGAUUCUGGAUGUUGCCCGAACUUCAUCAAUGUUCUGAACUUAGCCAAGGACACUGGAAUCACGGUAAACCAAACCCACUGGGAGUUGGACGGGGCGUCUGAAGGUGUGUGCAAAGUGGAGAUCGCAGCCAACGGCUGCAGCUAUAAAGCCAGCGGCUCAGUUCAAGGUGGUGUUCCAGUUCUGCUGGAGCUGAGCGACAGCGUGUUCAGACAGCCCAUCGCUCUCACUGGAAACAUGCUGUUCUUCAAGGCCUCUGCCAGUCCGCAGCUCCUGUCCUCAGUGGCUGGACUGUUGGCCACAGAGGGAGUGGAGAUCCAGUCUUUCAGCGCUCCUGCAGACGGCACCGGGGAUCUGUGGUUUUGUGUCGGGGUGUCGUCUCUCCUGCGAGACCUCAGUGCCUUGAAGCCUUUGGUCAAAGACGCAGCGCAGCUCAGCAUUUAAACGCCAGUAGCCUCACGUCCCGGUGGAACGUUCAGUAUCUGAAAAUCCUAACAAGAGUGUCUUAAUAUACCUGCUGGUUCUUUGUGUUUACAGCUAACAACUUGUUUAGAAGUUGAAAACCUGAAGUUUAAAACUUGCAUUUUGAUAACAUUCCAGCGUGUAGAUGUUUUGUUUAUGAGUUCGUUGUAGUAAAAACUGAAUAGAAGGUUUAAUUGUCACGUGAUGCUCAGUUUGCUGUUUGGCAUUUUUAAAGAGAAGAUGUGAGUAGAAAAAAAAAGCACUCCAAAUGCUUAAACUGAAAAGGGACUGAGCAACACUGCAAACCUGAACACCUUAAUGCAGUUUAAUACAACAGCUCUGUAAUAUGACUCCUAUUUUGUACUUUUAAAAUGUUGACUAAGUGUGUCUCACGUCAUUCUUGUCAGUUCUGUGGUUUUUUUUGUUUCACGGUUUACAGUUCUUCAUCACAUUACGUUGCACAGGGGAGCAUGAUCAGCAUUCUGGUGUAAAUGACAGAUAACUUGCUUCUCAGAUUGUACUGCUCAGUUAAACAACUAAACAGUAUUCAGCUGUAAGAUGUUAAAAUACUACAGACCCCCUGAGUGUAAAAUUCAUUCCUGGUGUUGUUUUGUGUAUUUAGUAUGUUUUCAAGCAGCUCAAACACUCUUGUUACUUUUUGCUGUCCGCCUAAAUUUCAUGAAAAUGUUCCCUCAGUUUGUAUCAUGGAAAUGUCAAAGACCAUCACUGGAUGCAUCAAUAAACAAAGUGAGACAAUCAAAA